AUGAUCUAUUGUGCAUUUUAUAUUUCCACAGCCACACCCACCCAUCAUCAUGGCCGCAGCUGUCUGAGACUACGGGUGUACGUCUGCUGCUCCACUGCCUCUGAUGUGGAUGAUGAGCCAGAGCCUACAGAACCAGACUACACGCUUAGACCAGGCAUAAAAAUCUAUGAUAUUGAUGAAUAUAACCCUUUCGUUCCCAAAGUGGAGAAGAGUGUCAGUGGAAGCAGCCCGUCCAGGGAUCGCCUUCUCCUCACCGUGACGAUGCUCCUUCUGGCCACUCUCUUCAUCUCCUAGCAACGGCCAUCCCAUCAGAAUCACCAUGCCAACUAGCCUUGGGAGGGUGUACAGUAUCAGGGGGUGGGAGAGUGGAUGGGGGAGCUACAGAUUCCUCAAAUAGAGUGGAAGGCAAGAGCUUUCUAAGAGUUUCUAAGCAUCACAGUGUGAAUGUGUGUGUGUGUGUGUGUGUCUGUCUGUGUCUGUGUCUGUGUGUGUUCAUAGACUGUGAGUUUGGUGGGGUAGAAAGACCUUCAGGCCCUGGGUGACACAGAAUGAACUUUUGUUCAAUUGCAGUUAGCGGGUACACACAGGUGCAGGUGUGGUGAACUGUGUGUGUGUCUGUGUCUGUGUCUGUGUCUGUGUGUGUUUGUAUUUGUGUGUCUGAACAGGCCACAGGUUGAGCAUGUCGAAUCAUGCUCACUACACAAAGCAUUUCUAAAACAGGAGAGGCGGGCUGAAGUCCUAAUAAGAAGAAGAUGAAGAAGAAGAAAAAAGCAUCAAAUGAUCCCACCCUAUUGAAAACCAUUUAAGGAUGUUCACCUGGAUCUGGUCGGCUGCAACACUUCCUUAGGGCUAGUUGCCAUAGUUUCUCUUUGCAACAAGACAUAAACUGAACUCAAAUGAACUGAAUCAAUAGAUUUCAGAAAAACUGAACUUUAAAUUGCCUUUUUUUUGUUGUUGAUGUUGUUGAUCUUGAGGCUGGGAACUUGUCCCGGUCCAGCGAAGGAGAAAAAAAAAAAAAAAAAAAGGUUCCGGCUUAAGCUAUGCGCUGGUCCUAUGUAGGAGACUAGUCAAAGUAGCUGAUAGUUCAAAAUCACAACCUGGAACUCCAAUCAAAGUGUUUUAGUUGUCAUCCUGUUUUCAACAUCACUUCUCAAAUGAAGGGGGGGGGGGGGAAUACAGAGCAUUUAAACCAUGAUUCAUGCACAAUAACAUGGAUUGUAUUUGGGGAAGAAGGGGGAUGAUUUUACUAUAGAUGUGCCAUUAACUCAGACACCGCAAGGGUUUGCUGAUGCUAUAAGUUGCUUCGAUACUUCUCUGUCCUGUCCCUGGAGUACUCAGUUAAUCCUCUGUUAUCUCUGAGGUUAACGAAGCACACAAUGGCUACAGAGCAGCCAUGGAUACACUGAGCAUUACUGUCCUCCUCUCAGCAGACAGCAGGCUGUUCCAAAAGAAGAAAAUACAACAACAAAAAGGAAGGAGGAAGGACAGUCACUGAUACACGCAAAGAAGCUCAGAUCUCAUCUCUGUAAACCCAUUUAUCAGACGCCACAUGUUCAACAUUUUCUGUACUAGUGUGUGCUUGAGGGUUGAAACAUCUGCCUGAGUGAGUCGUGUGUGUGUGUGUCUGAGAGAGAAAAAGACUAUUUUAAAUGGUACUAACAGCCUGAAAAUACAUCAACCUACUGUACAUCUAUAAGUAUGAAAAUGCAAAAUAAAAAAAAAUAAAAACACAACUAAAGCAACAAAGUAAUACAUACAAACCAAGUGCUUAGGUGGGGAGGUCCGGCAAAUCAAAACUCAAACAGCUACCAGUGGUUGCUUCAGAAUAGCAUUUCAUUUGCAACUAGCACCUUAUCACUAUGGUUACCCUACCCUGCCAGCGAUGGACUCUUGUAAGGCAUGGCUUACUGUAGUAACUGAUAACAAUGAUGACGGUGAAAGUGGUUAUAUUGAGAAUGACAAUGAUGAUGAACUCUAGCCGCUCACCCACCGGCAUGUGAGACGUUAGAGUGCUUUUGUAAAUGUCAGUCACGGACAAAGAAUGGAUUUUCCAAUGUGUUGAGAUUUGCAAAGGUGGAAUGUGAUGUUAGCAUUUUUUUUUUUUUUUUUUUUUUUU